CCCCGGUGAGUUCGUUCCAUUUUGUAUUUGUUCUUGUACCAUAUAUUAUUCGUCAUAAUUUUCGUCAUGAGUGAUCUUAGUCCCAAGGUCAUCCGUAUCCGCUCAACUCCUAAAACCAUUCAGCUCGUACCAUACUGGCCAGAUAAUGCUGAAACGUGGUUUCUGCUAGCUGAAGCAGAUUUUUGUGAGCAUGGGAUAACUGAUCAACGUUCACAGUUACUUGCAGUUAUUCACGCCCUACCGCGGGAAUUCAGCAAGUACGUAACAUCACAGAUGUUGAGUCCCGAGGUGCGACGGGCACUGGACGGGAAACAAACGAAGCACGGAAUCCAACGAACAACACCAGGAAGCUAUGUACAAACACCCUAUUAGCAUAGGCAGACAAACCAGUAGGCAUACGACCAAGCCGCUCGGAAGAUUUUUUUCACCCGAAAGGGAACCAUCGAGUUUUUUUUACUUCCGGCUGGUUCUGUCUUAGGGUCCUCACGACCCCACU